AUGCGGGUGAAGGUGGAAUCUGCAAGCUUUAGCACAGACAAGCACAAAAUUGAAGGGGUACUUAACUACAUUCAUUCAGAUUUAUGGGGUCCAUCUCAGGUUCCAUCCAAGGAUGGAAAGAGGUAUCUUCUUACUUUCAUUGAUGAUUUUUCACGCAAGUGUGGCAGAAAGAUUAAGUGUCUUCGAACAGAUAAUGGAUUGGAGUUUUGCAAUGAAGAGUUUGACAAUUUCUGCAAGAUUCAUGGUGUAUUGAGGCAUAGAACUGUUAGGCACACACCACAAUAUAAUGGAAUAGCUGAAAGGAUGAACCGCACUCUUCUUAAGAAAGCACGAUGUAUGCUCUCUAAUGCCAAGGUGCCUAAAGAGUUCUGGGUGGAAGUAGUAAAUACUGCUUGUUAUGUUGUUAAUGUUCUCCAGCAUCGGCGAUUGACUUCAAAACUCCAAAUGAGGUAUGGUCAGUUUUAUUUUCUUUUGUUCUUUGACUGCAGUAUCACCAUUUUCUACUUUGCUAAGGAAGGGGACUGCAAAUUCAGUCCAGUAUAUCCUGAAAUCAAGCCUUUCCAAAUACCAUUUAAAAAAGGACUGGGCCAAAAGUUUUGCCAGCCUUCAGGAACUGGAGUUGACCUGGGCUUUUUUGACGUCAAUGACCUAUCAAAGCCAACCCAAGGAGAAGAAAUUUUCCCGCUUGUUAUAUCAGCAGAGUCAUGUCUGCCGUCUACACCAACGGAUGAGAAUGGUGAAGAGUCCCCACAACUUAGGCAAUCACUGGAUAAGUCUCCCCAUUCACAGAUAACUGAAGCUGUGCUAGUGAAGGAUAAUGAGGAUCAUUUUCAAGUCAAGGUGAUCAAGCAGAUUUUAUGGGUUGAAGGAGUUCGCUAUGAGUUGCAAGAGAUUUAUGGGAUCGGCAAUUCAGAGGAGUCAGGAAAAGAAUGCGUAAUUUGCAUGACUGAGCCGAAAGGCACGGCAGUUUUGCCAUGUGGACAUAUGUAUAUGUGCAGUGAGUGCGCCAAAGAACUGAGGCAUCAAUCAGAUAAGUGCCCUAUAUGCUGCCAACCCAUUGAGGAACUUUUGGAGAUUAAGGGCAUUAAUGAAGGUACACCUAGAUCAUAAAGUUUAAAAUGCACUGUUUAAUGGCGUCAAAACUAAUCUAAACAUUUCUUAUGAACACGGAAAUUUUAUGCAGUAUCUAAUGACUGAUGUAAGAGGCUCUAUUUUUCUGCUUUGUAGUGUCAUCAUAAGCUGGGAAGUUGUGAUAGCCCAGAAUUGUAACUAGUCCAAGGUUUGUUUUUUCGUCUUUUAUUCAGCCUGUGAUUGUAUAGCACAGAGAUUGUACAUAAUGCGGUGUGAAUAAUAGAAGUUUUUGCCAACAUUUUCACCUUUUUCUUAAAGGAAAAUUUAGACU